UUUCUCUUGCUUUACAGUUUAAGUAAUGACCUGAGGCUGUCUGAUGAAAGUGACAAUGAAGAGGCACAAGAAAGCAACGAUAGGAGUUUGAAUUCCUCCAGUGAACCUCCCGAAGAAACUUCUAUCCGGGGCUCUCAAAGAUCAUCGUCCGAGAUGAAGCGAUCUACGGACAUGGAGAGCUCUGGCAGUGAGUCGGAUGCAGAGGAGAACACAUCGGAAAGCGAGAGUGAGAGCGAAGAGAGUGAGGUUGACGAGACACCGCCUCCAUCUCCGCCAAAGAAGAAGUCAUACAGCUUGAUGAACCAGAUCCGAAAGGUGCAGAAGGAGAUGCCACAGAUGGCGCCAAGUACUCCUUCAUUCCGUGAACCACCGAGUGUGGAGAACCCUCUCUCCAAUUCCAGGGUAGAUCCUAACGAAGGGUCCAAGCAUCCGGAACAGAGCGCCGAAAGCGGGGACAACGAAGAUCACGACAGCUUCAGUAAAUACAACACCAGCCAACCUCCCAGUUUUACAGAUUUUCAUCAACUCAUAGAGAGCUCGCACGAUUCCAAAGCAUCCCCCAGCUCUGUCAAAUCAAAAGGAAGUAGCAAAUCAUCUUCAAAGCCUUUGGGCAGUAGUAAGCCAACUGUAAAGCGCCCUCAGUCAAGGACAGACAACUCCAGUGGCUCGAAAACGGGCAGUGCAAAAGACACUAGUAGUUCGUCUCGUGUGAAGUCGGAAUCAAAUUCUAAAGAGAGCAGUAAGGCUAAGAGCAGUAAACAGUCGAGUAAAAGUGCUAGUAGUAUAAGUAAAAAGAGUCCUGGACCUGGGGCUGGAGCAAAGUCAAGUACAAAAACCCAGGAAAAGAAACCUGGACAAAGGGCCAAGCAAACUGAGAAAAAGCGUGUGCCAAAGUCUAUUCCAUUAAUUGAUUCAGAUUCUGAUUCAGAGGAUGAAAGGACUCCAUUGCGGCCGUCUUCUAAGGCGGCCGUCAAUACAAGCACAAGUAGUAGUAGUAGUAGCAGUAGCGGGAACAGUAGCUUGAGUACCUUGGACACCAGCUACCCUGUCAGGCAACCUAAGGUUGAGCCGGAGAGCGGGAAGCGCAUGCCAGGUGUGAAAAAGGGCGAUAAUAAGUACAUGGUGAAACCAGAGCCGUUGGACACAUAUGAACAUCGGAGGCCUCCCUUUGAUGACUUUGCUCACAUGGACCCCAUCGUUUCCCCGAUCAGGGCAGACUUUGUUGAUGAGCAGUCGCGUCCUUUAGACCGUCAUCCUGAAAUCCAAUACGACAAGAAUGGGAAACCAUCUGUGUUUGUCAGGUUACGACGGGACCUCUUUGAUCACUUGCCAAAGUCUAGUGUAUUUAAGUUUGAACAAAAUGUACCUGGACCGUCAACUCAGAAGCGGAAAGACUCUACUGACCCGCCAGAAAAACCUUUAACAGCAAUCGUUAAACCUGUCAAGAGGAAACAAACUGAACUUGAGAAGGAGAAAUCUGGAAACAAGAGAUCAAGGAUAGAAAACAAGUCACCGAGGAGGAUGAGAGAAGAUGCGCUGAGAGGUGUAAGAGACGAACCCACCGAGGCCUUAGAGCCAUUUGUAUCGAGUGAGAGUUCAUUAGACAGGCGGCAGUCCUCAGACAGGAGAGGUAGUGUGUCCAGUAUGACCAGUCAACCAUCGUCACAUAGCAGCAGGAGAGGGAAGAACGACUGCGAUCCCCACCACCCAUCCAGCCGCUCCAAGCGGGACAGCAGCCGUGGUCGGGAUUUCGCCAGCCAGCGCAUCCACGACUGGACCAGCCCCGAGCACCAUGCUGAUAGGUCAGUGGAAAUGCCACACAAUGUGGCCCUCGGAGGAGGAGGCGGCGAGGCCGACCCAUCCGCCUCCUCGCACCGCAACGGUGGCCUCUCCCACUCUCAUUCCCACUCUCUCCCUCCCCACACCCACCAUUCCACCACCUCCCACCCCCAUAGAGGCGUGGAGGGCGAGGACUGGAGGGUGUUCCCUCCUGCAGAGAGCUACCCAGGGUACGGUGAGGAGGCGCAGUCCAGACACAGACUGGAGUUGGACGAAAGACAAUUCACAGCUGACGAUUAUCUGGCUGAAGGAAAGAAACUCAAACAUUUAGCUGAUACUCAGGUGGACAAGCAUGCCAAAGCACUUACUUACUUUGAAGCUGUGGUGUAUCUCACUUCCUGCGGUAAUGUCUUUGAGUUGGACCCGCACGUACCGGAUGAUAAAGCCGUCACCAUGUAUUCAGACACUUGUGAAAUUAUCAGAUUUAUAUUAAAGCUCAAAGGUAUUCACAAUGGCCAAGAGGGGAAUAGCAAUGAUAACAAACUAGCCGUGUUGUGCUACCGUUGCCAAGCGUUGCUCAACAUGCAAAUGUUCAAACUGAAGAGGCAGUCAGCCAUGAACCUGUCGAGGGCACUAACCGAGCACCUCAAGGGUACAUCGUCAAAACCUCAACCUCCGUUACAACAGAAUCCUCCUUCUUGGAACACGUCGUCUAGGUACACAGGCACCCCGUCCCCCGUCUCUCCUACCCCCUCCCCAGCGGGUAGCGUUGGCUCGGCCUGCAGCAUGGGUUCGCAGGGAAGUGCCUCCAGUGACCUUGUCCCUUCUCAGACGUCGGGUGGCGGCCCAGCCCCUCCCUCCGGCCCCGGGGCUAAACUGUGCAAUGGGUUGAACCCGCAGUCGUCGACGGUAGCCAUGCCGCAGCAUAUCGUCCGCAUCAUGUCCAAGUUCCUCACCUAUUCCAACUACAGUCUCUACAGCAUACAAUAUUGGGAACAGGCUGAUAUCCUCUCUGAAGAAAAUAAAGACUUUUUCCGUGAGUUAGCACGAGAGUGCGGGGAGCUAACACUUCACAGCAGUACUCAGGAUCUGGUUCACUAUGUCCGUAGAGGGCUCUCUAAUCUCAGACGCUUGUGAAACGGUGUACAACACCGGUGUUAAAAAAAAACAAGAGUGCUAUCCUAACCGUGCUACUGAGCUGGUGUAUUUUAAUGGACACAGUGACACCGUACUUCAGUGCUAAAGCCUAGAGGACUAUUAACAUGCCGGACACGGUAACACCGUACUUCAGUGCUAAAGCGAAGAGGACUUUUAAACGUGCCAUAGAAUGGACAUUGCGCUACCAAAUAAAAUGAGUUAGAGUGCUAUUGACUAGAAGGACCUGCCACCGCUGUAUGCAAUUUCUAAAGAGAUGAUUCAGUUGGCGACCAGCAAGGAUGCUACCGGAGCUAAGCACCAAGUAUUCCUUCUGCAGCUGAGCAGAGUCAACUCGGUGCUAAUUGAAACCUGAUAGAGCUUAUGUUCAUGAAUACCUCCCGAUGCACUGAGGCAACAAGACCUCGUAUAACAGGGGCCUGUAACACCAAGUCUGUUGAUUGAUCAUAUAGUUUAUUUGGAUGCUUGUUUGCAUAUAAAAUCAAAUGAAAAAUUUUCCCUAUGAUCAAGAGGUGAGCUUUGUGUAAACAGGGCCUUGAUGGUGGUAAAUCCGCUAUUUUGCUUCACUUAACGACCUUCCAUGAUCACAAAAGACCAUGGACAGGAUAUUCUGGAAAAAAGAUUUUGUAUGUUUUAAUGGAUAGACAUUAUCAAGUGAUAUUUUGGACAAACCCUAUCUCUUCAUCUCAAAAAAAAAAAAAUGAAGUCACUUUGUGAAAUCAACGAUACGACUCCCUCGUUUGAUAUAGCAAAAUGGCAACCAUGAUUUUCUUAUUUUCCUGAACAAUGAACUUUUUAUUUAUUUAUAGAGGUUUUGUUGCCCUAACAUUUUUUAUUGAUUUCCAAUGAUCAGGCUCUCUGAUGGUAUAACAAGAGCUUGCAGCUCUAGUCAUUGUCAUACCUUUUUUUCUCCAAACUGGUAAUUAACUCCUUACAUUCCAGGCUAGGAGGGUGGGAAUUUAAUUUUGACUCAUGUAUUUGAUAUAUUAUUCCCAUAGAUAUUGAAGCAAAGGGUUAAUUAUGAUUGCAGAAAUUAUAGGUUUAAAAAAAUCCAUGAAGAGUAAUGAAGCUAAAUUAAUGAUUUGAAACUUUGAUUAUCUUUUAGAGGGUAUUCAACUGGAAGAAAAUAAACUCUUGCAUCAAGUUGGAGAAAAUUUGUUUUAUACCCAACUUGAUCAUGUAAAAUGCCAAAGCGAGAUUUCUUUGAAACCAUGGAAUCAUUUUUUGUUGGAAGACCCAAAUAUGGAAGACUAAUAGCUAAUCAUAGGGUUAUACUUGAUCUCACUCAAAUCAUGUUUUUGAAUUAUAUUAUAGGUAAACCUUGUUAUGAUCUAUCUAAUAGUGUAAGAAAAUUGAAGAGAAGAGAAGUCUUGAAAAUGUACAGCGGAAGAAAUCAAAUAUCGCAACUAUUUUUUUUUUAAUAAGAAGAAAUAUUAAAAUUUAUUAGAUUUGUUUUAUAAGAUGGAUUGAAGGAUUGGAUUGAGUUCUCAGUGAAAUAAAGAAUUCAUAUCUGAUCACAAGCAAUUCUGUAGAAUAUGUAAGUGUAGCCCCUGGUAAGUGGACCUUCAAGAGAUAUCUUUUUUAAUAAUUAUUUGUUUUCUAUUUAAUCUUAAGAGUUGUAAUGCACUCAAUUAUCAUGUAUUGAGCAGUUCAUGAUGGGAA